AUGAUGCACCCGUCGCGGCAAGCCUAUGUUGAGGAGGCGAUGGACGAGGAUCGAGGCAUUGCGCUGGAGGAUAUUCCCACGGAUCAUGACUACGAGAUCCCUUCCGCAUUCUCUGGCGCCGCGCCCGAAAAAGCCUCCGCCGUCCUGGCGCAGAUGGAGAGAAAGAAGUUGGCAGCAAGCAUUGCCGUGCCUACAGACGACAACCGAGUGCGCGCGAAGCUCAGAGAGAUGGGCGAGCCCAUCACAUUCUUCGGCGAAGGCAAGCCAGAACGCAGAGACCGUCUUCGCAACCUUCUUGCCAUUCAACACGAGAUGGCCGGUCUCGAAAGCGGCGACAUAGAAAUGGAAGACGCAGACGAGGACGGAGAAGAGCAGGACGAGGAAUUUUACACACCGGGCGGCCAGGCACUGCUGCAGGCGCGCAUCGACAUCACGAAAUAUUCACUCCCGAGAGCAAAACGGCGGAUCCAGUUCCAGAAGGCCGAAGCCUCGAUUCCUUUGCGCACACACGUCAAGUUCCGGAAACAGAUCAAGGACAAGCUGGAAGCCUUUGAGCUUCAAGGUAGUCAGACAGCCGGCGAUAGGCACAUCAGCAUGACGAGACUGUCGCCGAACGGAGAGAUCGUUGCGGUGGGCAACUGGGGUGGAGGCCUAAAGCUUAUUGAGGUUCCCAGUUUGGAGGCAAAGUUGAACCUCAGGGGACACACCCAGAAAAUCAGCGGUAUUACAUGGCGUCCUGGUUCUACGCUGACCGAAAGCAACGUGUCUCCGGACGCAGUGAACCUUGCAUCUGGAGGAGCUGAAGGCUCGGUGCACCUGUGGUCGUUGAAUCAGGAUACUCCCCUUUCAACCCUCACUGGCCAUGGCGGCAGAGUGUCCCGCGUUGAGUUUCAUCCUUCCGGCCGUUAUAUUGCGUCGGCUUCAGAUGAUACCACAUGGAGGCUCUGGGAUGUCGAGACGACUGCUGAGCUGCUGCUUCAGGAAGGUCACUCCAGAGGCGUUUACUCUGUCAGUUUCAACGCCGAUGGGUCCUUGUUGGCAAGCGCUGGUCUCGACAGCAUUGGCCGUAUUUGGGAUCUGCGAUCCGGACGAACUGUGAUGAUCCUUGAUGAGCAUAUCCAACCUAUUUACGCGCUCGACUGGGGUUCCGAGGGCCACAGGGUACUGUCAGGAUCGGCAGACGGCUGGAUCAAGUGUUGGGACAUUCGCAAGGUCCAGAGAACAGCAAACUUGGGAGCGCACGCGAAAGCUGUUUCCGACAUACGGUGGUUCAGGGGAUUGGACGACCCCAUCGAUGGGAACCCCCCUGGGACAGAUGAGAAAGGCGCGCAACAACCCAAGAAGGCCGGUACAUUCUUUGUGUCCAGCGGCUUUGACGCCAAGAUCAAGAUCUUCUCGGCCGACAAUUGGGGCGUCAUUCAGACGCUGAGCGGACAUUCUGGGCCUGUUGCCAGUGUCGAUGUGAGUAGAGACGGAAAAUGGAUCGUGAGUGGAGGACACGAUCGGACGGUUAAGCUUUGGGGCCGCAACGACGGUGAGGGUCUUUGA